AUGUUUUCUAUUUGUCAUUUUAUUAUUUCUAACUAUCAUUAUGAUAAGACUCAUAUUUAUUUUGUUGUUCAUUUUCCUUGUUUUUAGUUUAUUUUUGAUUUGCUAAACUGUCUUUUUAAAUUUGUUAAUAUUGACUGUUUUCGUCUUUAGGGCUUGAUUAAUUUGCUUAUAAUUGAAUUUGCUCAUUUUCAUUUAUUUUAUUUGUUUAACUAUUUUAAAGUUAAAGCAAAUAACUUAUUUCCUUCAAAUUUUAAUCAAUUUUAGAGGUAGAUAAAUAUUUAUUUUAGUCUUAUUAUGAAUUUUUUAUAUUUCCAUAAAAACUUAAGUAAUCAUAAACCUUUUUUUAACUUUAAGUAUUUUAAAGCUACUAUAAAGAGCUCUUGUUAUAUUGCUUUAUUUCUUUUUCAGCUUCUAAAAUAUUUUAAAUUGUAUUAAUGUGUUUCUAAAAUUAAAUUGUAUCUUCAUUUUAAUCUUACAACAUUUAAUUUUAUUUGCUAAUUUAGUUUUAUCCCUCUAAUGGUUUCUAUGUAUCUUCAUUAAAAACACUUAUCAGGCUAUUAAUAUUGUUAAUGA